ACUGGUCCUUUAGAUGAGACCGUAUAAACCGAGGUCCCGAAUCGCAGUAGGUGUUGGCACGAAAGAGAUCAUUCACUGCUCAAUGGCCCUGAGUGCCGAGUACAGAGGAGGAAUAUGGAAGGUUCUAAAGUUUUGUUCAUUGCAUUGGUAAUAUUAAUUUGGGCAUCCAUCCUUCAGCUGAUUGGUUUAGCCUCUCCAUAUUGGAUUUCUGAUGAAAAUUCAAUAGAUUUAGAAAGUUCUUCUUCACCAAGAUAUGCUGGUUUGUGGAAAACAUGUAAAUGUCGAGAUACUGGUGAUUUCUUAAAAAAUUUUGAUAUCUCAAAACACCAGUUGCGCUUUGCUCAAGCUAUGAGUAUUCUGGGGUUUUCUGCACUCGUGUUUGCUUCAGUGUUGACAAUCUUAAAGCUAUGUUUUCUUAAACAUGUGAAACCAGUACUUAUUGUUGCCAGUAUUUCAGCUUUUGUUGGAGCUGCCUCCAUUAUAGUUUCAAUUGGACUGUUUGCAAACGACGUCAAUAACAAGAAAUUAUACAGAUAUGAAUAUCACUUUGCUUUUGCUUUCUGCAUUCUGGCGAUGCUAGUAGCUAUGGUGUCUGGGGGUUUUAUGAUCCUAGAAAUACCAUAGGAAGCUACACAAGAAACACAAGAAACCGGUCAAAAAAUAGAAAACUGACUUCUCAAAUGAACAAUCUUCUUCUUUUAUCUAGAAAUGAUUGCGUAUUUGAAUAGUUUCUAUAAUUUCUAAUAUUCGGAAAUCGUAAAACUUCUGAAAAUUUAUUUGUCAAGUUAUGCUGUGCGAAUUGGGCAUUUUUUUUUCUCUAUAAAGUUUUUAAUGUGAACUUGAGAAAAGGAUACGUAAAAAGUUUUAAAUUAUCAUAUUUGCAAAAGUGUUCCUAUAUAUCAAUAAUCACUGACUAUACAACCAUAUUUGAUUUUAUUUAAAAUAAGCUUUCUUUGUCUGCCCCUUUUCAUAAAAGAUAAUAAAGUCAUAUUUUCAUGUGGAACGCCUCAACAGCCUUAAUAUGUAAAUAUCGUUCAUGUGAUGAUAUUUCAUCAUUAUAUGCUGAAACUUUAACAUUAUAUGCUGAUACUCUGAUGUUAUAUGCUGAUACUCCAACAUUAUAUGCUGAUAUUUUAACAUUAUUUAUAUGCUGAUACUUUCACAUUAUAUGUUGAUACUUCAACAUUAUAUGCUGAUACUUUGACAUUAUUUGCUGAUAUGUUAAUAUAAUAUACUGAUACUUUAACAUUAUAUGAUGAUACUAUUAUGAUAUGGUGCUUUAAAAGUAGGUCAGACUUCGGGACUAUGAUACGAAAAUUGCUUAAAACGCUUGUAACUGACGAGUAAGAAUACGAUCAUAGGCAAACCCUAGCGUAACUGAUAUUUUUUUAAAACAAUAAUCGUAACGAAGCAUGAUCUUUGGUUUUAAGUUGGGUUCUGCUUAGAGACUAGCUGCAAUAAUGUAGCCCUCUCCGAUAUUUUUUAUCUGAUGUUUUCAGGAGAGGGCAACUUCGUAAUGAUGCAAAUAUAUAUUUUUUUGAAUACUAAAUCCCAAGUUCUCAUUGGCUGUCCCAAAAUAAAACCGAUCAAGGUAAGUAAACAUGGCGGAUUAAUUCAAGUUGUGAGGUUGACAUGCACAAAAAAUAAAUAUAUAUUUAUUAUGGAUUAUUCUGUAUAUUUUUGGAUGAAUUUAUGUCUACAUAACUACAUUUUUUGAGUUAAGGUAAGUAAUGUUAAUAAAAUAUUCAUUUACGGAUGAUCUGAGUCACAAAAAGAGCGGGAGAGAAUCACUUCCGCACUUGCAUCAUUUUGGAGAUCCUAAGGAGUUGAAGCUCUCUUUCAAAAAAAAAAAGAAAAAAAAAAUCGGAGAGGGCUACAUUAUUGCAGCUACCUAGAGGCACUUUCGGACUGGUAAUGAAAAUUUUUCGCCGAGGUCGGGCUUUUCUCAG